CAUGCGCAUGUCCGUGUGAAGCCACGCCCUGGCGUGUUCUGCGUCUCCAUCCUUCCUCCCCGUGGUUAUUGAGCUGCUGACACUCGCACGGUUCUAUUGGACAUGCUUUUACGCAGGGAUCUAAAGAUGCUCCAGCCUGCAGACACGAUGUUUGACAUUUAUUAGGAGACUAUUUCCGUUUGGCCGGGAUUCGUCCGCAUGCAGCCAAUCAGGUCAGGUGUGACGGCCGGUGUGGCGCUGAAUCUGCGGGCUCAGCUGGAUGAAGAACGCUCCAGAUGUGACCCUCAGCAUCAGCAGCAGGCAGAGGAACUGUGCUUGGCCCUCAACACUAAUGUUUCUUCUAUCCAACCGUGGACCAAAGGGUUCUGGUGUUUUUCUGAAGGGAAAUCUUCUCUCACCAUUCAGUUUGUGGAGGGUCAGUUCGUGGACUCAUACGACCCCACCAUCGAAAACACGUUCACCACCACCAUGACGGUGAGCGGUCAGGAGUACAACCUGCAGCUGGUCGACACGGCCGGCCAGGACGAGUACUCCAUCUUCCCGCAGAGUUACACCAUCGACGUGGACGGAUACAUCCUCAUCUACUCGGUUACUUCUUUCAAGAGUUUUGAGGUAAUCAGGGUGAUUCAUGAGAAACUUCUGGACAUGGUUGGAAACGUUCAAGUACCCAUCACUUUGGUUGGGAACAAGAAGGACCUACACAUGGAGAGGAUGAUCAGUUUAGAGGAUGGCAGAGCUCUGGCAGACUCGUGGAACGCCGCGUUUCUGGAGUCUUCGGCCAAAGAGAACCAGACAGCCGUCGAGGUGUUCAGGCGGAUGAUCCUGGAGGUGGAGAAGAUGGAGGCGGGUCAGCCGCAGAGUCGAACCCCUUGCUCCGUGAUGUAGCUGCCCCCACUCACCGGACAGUUCCAGUGGCUCCUCAGGUCCCGCUCCGCUCUGUGGAUCUUCUUCCCUCUCAGACACACACUCAGGAUCUGAUACAGACUCCAAGUUCAUGCUUCCACCAUCACACGCGCAACACUGUGCAGCUCUGAGCUCCAGCUUUCAGGCUUUUAAUAGGAAAAAGUACAUUUUAAAUAGUUUUCUAACAAACCAGUUUAGCUGUGCUUUUGGAGGAUGGAGGUUUACAGGAAACACAGUGAAGUUAGGAAGCAUCGCUUGGGAGAUUCAUUGGACCAAUCAUUGGACGCCAUCGGAUGAGAAUGCUACUGAAAUCCAGAAACAACUCCUGAUUUCUGUCGCUGGGUGCAGAGAAGCUGCUUGUUAUCACUUUUAAUAAUUUUCCUCUGUCAGAAUCUCUGUCUGCCUUUUUUUAUCACCUUAUUUAACUAUCUUUUUAGUUGUGUUUAUUUCAAACAGCAGAGGUUUUCAGGGACAACAACUAGGUCUAGUUGCAAACUGAAGGAAUAAAUGAAGAACAAGAGAGUAGAGAGAAGAGUUAAAUUUUAGCAGGAGCCCCAGCAUGGCACCCUGGGGAGCUCCUCUGAGCAAUGCACCUAAGCAGACAGAAGGAACAUUUUUGUUUUUUAUUUUAACUCAUAUUUCCUUUUGUAUUAAAAGUGCUUGUUUUUUAUGUUUGAGUAAUUUAUGUGAGCAAUGUUUCCGUAAACGUGCUUGACUUCCUGUGUUCGCUUAAGACAAGAAACACUGUUUUAUAUGUGAAGAGAAGAUACUUGACCUGAAUAAAGCUGUAUUCUGCUGUUUGGCA